AUGUCGGACCACUCAGACGACAUUGACUUCAUCACCAAUCCCAAUCAAACCGCCGGUGCGGGGGGCAGUGGAGCCGAAGCAGGAGGAAGUGGAGGAGACCUGGACGAUGCGGCCGAGAUUGCAGCGAUGCAGGCAAGGGUCAAGGAGAUGGAAGCCGAAGCUUCCAGGCUCAGGGAUCUUCAGAGCGAUCCGAAUUACCGCCCUGACCGGAACCUGGUCAAUGACGCCGUAGGUAUAGGAGCACUCGAUGAGGAGAAGGAGGAAAUCGACGCGAGAAGCGUUUUCGUCGGAAAUGUGAGUUGCGUAGCAUCAAGUGUCGGAUCGAAGAAUGGCGUCGCUACAGUUUCGAGUGUACGCAGAGCAAUCAGGCGUGUGCCGCGACGUGCUGGAGUCGCCUUUGUGCGCAAGCGCGAGCGCUCAGGGGCAUCAAGCUUGGCAGGCCCACGUCAGGCGCGAGCUAACGCUUGCGACUUGAUUUGCCAACGUCUCCCUCUUCUCGUCGUUGUGCUGGGCUUCCAACGUUUGACUUGCUCACACGUCCCGUUUUGCACCUUUGCACCUUGCAGGUGGACUAUGGCGCAUCACCAGAGGAGAUCCAGCAGCACUUUGCAGCGUGCGGCACCAUCAACCGAGUGACCAUCCUCUGCGACAAAUUCACUGGACAUCCAAAAGGAUUCGCCUACGUGGAGUUUUCUGAGCCAAGCUUGGUGGCGAAUGCAAUGGUCAUGAAUGAGAGCCUGUUCAGGGGCAGAUUGCUAAAGGUGAGCUGCCGUUGCAGCGCCACCCCAUCGUCAUCCGACUGAUACGCUCAGUUUGCUGAAUGCUCGCACAUCCAUCAUUCCAGGUCACAGCAAAGCGAACUAACGUGCCAGGAAUGACUGCCAGGGGUCGCGGACGGGGCAGAGGACGUGCGCGUGGAAGACCUUUUAGGGCGCGAGGCCGUGGGAGAGGAUAUUACUGA